CUGACCACCACAAACAACAACAUGGCCGCCACGGUAUCACAAGCAUAGACUUUCGACAGUAUGAGUCGGCGCAGUACACGGCGAAGCGAUGCUGCCGCAGCCACUACCGCCGCCGCGAUCAACCACCUCUCGGCGCAGACCUCAGCCACCCUCCGCUCUUCCCUCGUGAUCCCCACCCUCGCCCAGAUCCUCUCCGAGCUGGCGCAGAACUCGCUCGAUGCGGGUGCGAAACGCAUCGACGUUUGGAUAAACGUUGCUCCUGGGGAUGAGAGUCUGCGCGUCCAGGACGACGGGGUGGGGAUGAGCCGCGAGCAGCUCGGCCGCAUCGGCGAGCGAUAUGUGACGAGCAAGGGUAGCGCUACCUCCGUCCUUGGCGACACUUAUGGCUUUCGAGGCGAGGCCCUCGCUUCCAUCGGCGCGCUGUGCUUGCUCGAGGUUACGAGCCGCGCCGCCAAGGCGGACACAUUUGCGCGGGUCAUCAAGAAUGGCAAUAUCAUCUACACUGGCAAGGCUCGGGACACGGUUACCUCGCAGCACGGCACGACCGUGAGCGUGCGCGACGUGUUCGCCGCCGUGCCUGUUCGCCAAGCGGCGCUAGGCAGCGGAGCGUUGACGGCGUGCCGCAAGGUGCUGGAAACACUCGCGCUCGCGUGGCCGGCCGUGGCAUGGAGCCUGUGGGAGGAGCGUCCAUCCGGGGCUCGCAAGGUCCUCGGUCUUCGGCCAGCGAAGAACAGCCUCGGCAUGUUCAAGGCAGUGUACGGCUCCGCCGGUGUGGAGAAGGUGCAGAGCGUGAGGGUCAGUUCUGGGCAGUGGCGCGUGGACGGGUUCAUCAGCCUCGAGGGGGCAGUCACAAAGGCACACCAGCACCUCUACGUGAACGGGUUUCCGCUCGACACGGCGUCAGAGCUGCACCUCGCCAUCGCACGCCGCUUCGCGUCCUCGGCGUUCGCGACCACCGCAGGCGACUGGGACGAACGACCGCAGACGAACCGCGCGUCCCCACGCCGGCCGGAACGGUACCCCAUCUACGUGCUGAAUGUGACCGUCCCGCCUGAGGGUGUGGACGCGACGUACGACCCGAAGAAGCGGCAGCACGGCUACAGGGACGCGGGCCGGCUCACUGCAUUUGUGGUCACUGUCGCCGACGAGUUCUUGCAGCGCGCGGGCUUUGGGCGGCGCGAGGCACCGUCAGAGCGCACGCCGACCAAGGGCUCGCCGCUGGUGCCGGCUAAGCGCCGCGCGGAGGAGGGAUCGGAGCGGAUAGCGACGCGGUUGUUUUCUUCACGAGCUGCUCCCGACACCGCGUCCCCAGAACCUGUCGACGACACGAACGACCCCUUCGGCCGCCGCUGGAUUCGCGAUAUUGUGACGCAACCUGCUCCGAAUGUCUUUCCUGUAGGCCGCGGGCAGCGGGGCAUCCCACCAGCAGACGAUGGCGACGCGGGCCCCGACGAUAACCCACUCGAGGACGACGACAACCCCACCCUUCUGACCACGGCUCUCCGCGGCCCGCUAUCGGACGUAACGUUCUCACAUGACAGUCUCGCCGACGCAGUGGUUCUGGGGCAAGUUGACCGCAAGUUCAUUUGCUGCGUCCUGCGAGCCGAAACGCCCACGCACGAGCCGACCGCAGCGCUUGUCAUUCUCGACCAGCACGCGGCAGACGAGCGCGCGGCCGUCGAGGGGAUAAUGGACGAGCUAUGCGCGGGGUUCGCGGGCGACACGAUGGCCGUGACCGACGUCGAGCUGCGCGUUGUCCUGACGCGCGAGGAGGCGGCCGUGCUCGAGUCCACCGCCGCGCGGCGCAUCCUCCGCAGGUGGGGUAUCGGCCUCGGGGAGGUCAUGUCGGGCGAGUACGUCCAGGUGGACGUGACGUGCGUGCCAGCGCUGCUCGAGCGCCUAGCGAGGAAGGACACGGCCGAGCUCACGCGCCUCCUCAAGCUCUACCUCCCGGAACUGGGCGAGCGGGGAGCCGAGAUCGACGCCGUCGUGGCGGGGCUGGAUGGCGACGCACGCGCGCGCGUCCAAGCGCUCAUGCCGCGCGAGAUGGUCGAGCUCGCCAACUCAAAGGCCUGCCGAGGCGCCAUCAUGUUCGAGGACAAGCUCGACGCCGAGCAGAGCGCACGCCUGGUCGCGCGGCUCGCAGACACCCGCACGCCGUGGGUGUGCGCUCACGGCCGGCCGACGUUUGUGCCAGCGUGCGCGUGGCCCUCCGACAAGAAGAACUACAAACGGCCGAUUGACUGGGCCAAGUGGAAGCACAACGUGUUGUAAGCAUGUACAGAUUCAUGGUAAGCUAUGACAACAGGGUGUACAACUACUUCUUCUUGCGCUUCGGUGCCGACUUGCGCUUCGGCGCCGCCGCCUCGGCCACAGCCUUGGUGCGUGAGCUCGCCUUUGCCGCCGCUUUCUUCGUUGUGGCCUUCUUCGCCGCGGGCGCGGCGGCCUUCUUUGUCGCCGGCGUGGCCUUCUUCGUCGCUGGCUUCUUGGCAGCCUUUGACCCCUUCUUCGGCGCGGCCUUGGCCUUGGCCUUGCCCUUCCCCUUGGCCGUCUUCUGCCGCUUCGCCGGCGGUGCGUCCUCCUCCUCCUCCUCUUCCUCUUCCUCCUCCUCUUCUGCCUUCUCCUCCUCCUCGACAGCUUCUUCAGCCUCCUCCUCAACCUCCUCCUCCGCUUCCUCUACCACCACCUCCUCUGGCACGUCGACCUCCUCAACCAACUCCUGUCCGUUCAGCCAACCGCCCGCCACGGCCUCGCGCCAGCCUGGGACGUCGUCGACACCCUCAGCGCCCAUAUCCGCCUCACCGCCCGCCCACCAGCCGGCAGGGCUCCAGACAUAACGCUGCGCGAGGAGUGCCUCGAGUGUCUUGAAGCUUUCCGUGCUGGUAUAAGGCAUCGCCGUGGACGGGUGCCGGUAUCGCGCCGGCUGGCCCGUCAUCAGGUCGAGUGGCGGUCGCCUGUUGAUGGGGCGGUUGCGCGGAGGAAUCACCUUGACUGACGACCAGUCGACGUGGUCGCCGAGGAUCAGAUUGAGCUCCGUCGGCAACCCGCCUGGGAUCUCGCUGAGGAUCAGAUAGUUGCGGGUGUACUGCGCGCUGGUCGCGUCUGGGGCGGGUGCUGGUUCGGGAGCUGCGCUGUCUGGCUUUGAUGCGUCGGCGGUCGCAGGCUCAGGCUCCUUGGGUUUCGGGGCCGCCUCACUGUCGCCGUCGCCCGGUGCCUUGCUCUCAGCAGGAGGUCCGUUGGCAUCCUUGACAGGCUCAGGGGAAGCUUUUGAUGCCUCGUCCUUGACCUCGGCGCUGGUGUUCUGGGUCGGCGCGCCGCCCUCCGCAGCUGGCUCCGUCGGCUUGUCUGCAGUCGGCUCAGUUGGCUUGUCGGCAGUUGGCUCAUUCGGCUUGUCGGCAGUUGACUCAGUUGGCUUGUCGGCAUCCGGCUUCGAGCUCGUGGUAGCAGCAGGAGUGGCAUCCGUCGACGUAGAAGCCGGUGCUGCCGGUGCUGGGACAGGAGGCUGGUCGGCAGGUGGGGUGUUGACCUUAUCGACGUCCAUCGCAGCGUCCGGCUUCGGAGAGGCCCCCACGUCGGUGGGCGCGGUGGCAGCUUUGCCGUCUGGAGCCGGGGAUGGUGCUUUGGUCGCAGCAGUCUGGGUCUCUGCUGGCGGAGCAUCGGGUUUCGACUCGGUAUCCUUCGGUGCGUCCCCCUUCUCACUAGGAGCGUCGGGCUGCAGCUCGUCGCCCUUGGGCUGAGACUUUGGCGGUGAGGCCACCUUGUCGAUCGGCUCGUCACUGGUCUUUUCAACAACAGUGGCUGCUGCGGGUUCGCCCUCGGCACCCUUGUCGUCGUCGCCUCGCUUAUCAACGAUGGCCUUCUCGCUGCCGGCCGGCUCCGCAGUGCUGUCGGUUGCCUUGUCGCCUGUCUUCUCGCCGCCGGGCUCCUCGGUGCCGCCAUCUGCCUUGUGACUUGGGCCAGCCUCGUCUCCCUUCUCACCCCCCUCCGCACUCUCCUCUCCCACCACCUCGACGAGCUUGCCGACCGUACGACUGAUCCAAGUCACACGCGGUCCAACGACGCGUUUCCGUCCAACGCGCCGCAGCUCGCGCCGCUCUUCCUCGCGCUGCAGCCAGUUGGUGAGGGCUUCCUUGUUGCGCUCCUCCUCCUCUAGCGCGGCCGCGAUGAGCUCGUCCUGAGUCAUUGGCCGUGCGCCACGAAUCUCGCCCGUCACAUGCUGGGCUCGUCUUCCCUUCUUGCUUGUCGCGAGGGCGGCCUUCUCAGCUGCCAGCCUUUCUUUUACUUCGUCUUCCAUUCGCAGCGUCGACGUGCGAAGGUUUGAGCGGCGCGCCUCUGACCUGUUCAAGCGCUUCUGCUCGCGCUUCUGUCGCCUGAUCUCCAGCACCAGCGUCGACUUGGCCAUUUUCGUCGGGUCGAUCGUUGGAUCCAGUAAUGACAGCGCCUCUGUGGAGAUUUUGGGACCGGAGGACUCGCCGGCUCGGUGAAUCUUGACGAGGGGGUUGAAGCCUGCCUUUUGCUUUGCCUGGGCGGGUUAGAGGAGUGGAGAUGCGGCGCCGACGCACCUUGCGCCGUUCUUCGCGCCGGACCUCGCGCUCCUCGGCGUCUUCGUCGUCGUCGUCGACCUCGUCGUCCGUGUCUGCAAACUCGUCCAUGAAGACAUCACGCUGCUCGGCUGGGCGGGGGGUUAGGAUGGGUGGAGGAGGUGGUGGCGCAGAGAGACCCACCUGGGGCCUCAAAGUCGGCAUCAUCUUCUUCCUCGGCGAACAAGCCGUCCUUGUCCUUUUCAUCUUCCUCGUGAGCCUUCUCCAGCAGCUCGCGCAUGCGGUUGCCCGCCGUGCUACGCUUGGAGCGCCCUUGAGUCACUGUUGUGUACUCUGCCAUGGUGGGAGAGACCGGUGCCGGUGGGUGGCGAGAGAAGGGGGAGGGGGAGUUGGGGUUGCGGUUGCUUGAAUCAAGUUUGGGUGGUGCAGGAUCCGACUCUUGUCGGCGUGAAUGACCGCAUCGACAAGUCCCUCGCACUACGGAGGCAACUGGGUCGCGGAAGUGGAGGUCAGGCGGCAACACAGCCAGGGUCACCCCCCCGGCCCUCCUGCCAAUCGCGGCCAAGUCCGUCCAUUGCCAC